AAUGAGAGAGACACACGAGAUAUUGUAAAAAUUGCCAAGUGUGGAUUUUUUAUGUUUUUGUUGCAAAAUGCGCUGCUUGCCGGGAUUCGGUUACGGUCUCACAUUUCUGUUCUUGAGCACUGUUCGCAAUGAACAAAAGGAGCUGAGCAUAUCGCCCGUACAUCAUGUUAACAUUCCCAAGGCAACAGCCACCUUCGGGAUGGGCUGCUUCUGGGGGGCCGAAUCCCUGUAUGGAGCCACCCGGGGCGUGCUGAGGACCACUGUGGGCUAUGCCGGCGGCAAAUCCGAAUUACCAACGUACCGUAAAAUGGGCGAUCACACGGAGGUUCUGGAAAUUGACUACGAUCCCACAGUGAUCAGCUUCAAGGAGCUGUUGGACUUGUUCUGGAACAACCAUGAGUAUGGCCUGACUACACCCAUCAAGCGUCAGUACGCCUCCUUGAUUCUCUACCAUGAUGAUGAGCAGAAGCAAAUCGCCGAGACCUCCAAGCUGGAGGAGCAGGAGCGUCGGGCUCCCGAGGUGAUUACCACUGAGGUGGCACCCAAGGCGAACUUUUAUGCGGCCGAAGCCUAUCACCAAAAGUACAGAUUGCAGGGCCACAAGGAUCUGGCCACCUCUCUCAACCUCAGCCCCACGCUGUUGCAGAGCAGCUAUGUGGCCACCAAACUGAAUGGCUAUCUGGCUGGUGUCGGGGGCAUGGAGCAGUUCAAAACGGAGGUGGAUACAUUCGGACUUACGCCCACUCAGCGUCAAUACUGCAACUAUCACGUAGAGCAGAACGAGGGCCAGGGUCUCUACUGCUGACAUGGACGUCUCUGCAUAGAUGUUAAGCUAAAAUCGUACACAUAAGGGGG